AUGGCAGGUUCAAGGAUAUAUGAUCAUAGUUUAUUAUCAUAUAACAAAAGGAACCAAAGAGUUUCCUUAUCAUUGAUGACAUUGCUGUACCAAGAACUGAUUCAAUAUAUAUACAAACAAUCCGAUUCGAUUGAACAGUUCCAAUACAAGUUGAUUAAAACCGGGUACCGAUUAGGUGUGAACAUAUUAGAAUUGAUAAACUACAGAUCCUCGGUUCCACAACCGAUUUUAAACAAAUUUAAAGAGUCCUCAUUUUCUUCUUUACCAACCACAUCUACGUCUACCAACAAGUUUAGUGAAAAUGCUACUAUUACAAGUGGUGGGAGCGUAAGUGUGAGUGGUGGUGUUACCAGUGCAAAUGCUAUUAGUGCUACUAGCAGUGGUAACAACAACAUGAGUAUAGAUACUAAUACCACACAACGCAUGAGUGUUGUGAGUUAUAUAGAGGACAAGGAAUAUGUAUCAGUUGGAAAAGAUAUACCCAAGAUGAAGAGGAGAGACCUGAAGAUCAUAGAUAUUUUACAAUUUAUUCACGGGACAGUAUGGUCCUAUCUAUUUGGGCAUGUGUCCAACGAUCUAAUGAAAUCACAAGAGAAUGAUACAGAAUAUAGAAUCAUAGACAAUGAGCCGCAGUGGACCCAGUUUAUAUCGGGAUCCAAACGGAACCAAGUGCAUUACGAGUCCUGCAAUUACAUGCUGUGUGGUUUGAUCCAAGGAUAUCUUUGUGAAAGUGGGUUUCCAUGCAAUGUAACAGCACAUUGGCAACCAAUAGAUCAAUACCCACAAAGAAUAGUUUUUGUUAUUCAAUUCCAACAAGAGGUGAUGACAAGAGAACAAUUACGUUACAGUGGCAGAUAA